AUGGACGCACUCACUGUCUUUUUUCUCUCCGUGGCCUUGCUGCUAGGUCCUAAUAUUCUAUCAUGGCCGUUGCCAGUUAACGACAUCGCCGAGACAUUUCAAGUAUGGACCCGAAAGUAUGGCCCGAUUGUGAGUGUGAAAAUUGGGGGUCGGGACUUUAUUAUAUUGGGCACCCGCGAAGCAGCGCAAGACAUCCUAGAGAAAAGAGCCAGAAUAUACAGCUCACGACCUCCAUCGAAGUUUCUCGAUAAAUACUUGCAUAAGGGACUUUCAUCAGCCUUCAUGCCGUACGGUCCCGAAUGGCAGCUUCACCGACGGUUGUCAUCAAACCUGCUAAAUGCAAAAGCAUCAAACGCCUAUCGAUAUCUCCAAGAUAUCGAAAGCAAGCAGCUUCUUCACGAGUUUCUAUCCUCACACGAUUUUCAGUAUCCUUCCACCGAUAUACCGCGAGAAUUAUGUUUACACUUGUUUACGGAAAAGGAAGAGGAAGGGAUGAUGACGACCAUAAAAGGCUGCAUCAGAUAA